UCGCGCAAGAUUUUUGAGAGAGCAUUUUUUUUUUUUCCUUAAUCAAUUUCAUAUCUUCUCUCUUUACCCUUUUCCCCUUUCUAACCGCAGUACUUCAUGUGCAUUAUCUGAAGACAGACAGCACAUCCCGUGCUUCGUACUCUCCUUAAUCUAACAUGGCCGCUUUCUUUGAGCACUACCGCGGCAUUCUCGAACAACACUACGCAAUCUAUUCUAAGCAAUUGUUCGACUACCUCUCGUCUAUCCCGACGACCACAUAUAUUCUGACGGUUCUCGCCAUCUGCAUACCACCGAUCAUCGCACUUACUGUCUACGAGCUGGGGCAAGCUAGACUCCGUGCUGAACAACCUAAAGGGUGCCGAAAGUUAGGUCUAAAGAUAGACUCCAAUCUCUCGAAUGAGUUCGAUGCAAAAUUCUCCGAGGGCCGUCCUCCAAGUACGGAGGAGACCUCUGCUGAAUGGUGGAGGCUGAAGAGCAUGUGGAUAUACCCAGUCAAGAGCUGCAGAGGUGUGGAGUUGAAUAGAGGUACCGUGGUUGCUUCUGGCUUGGAAUACGACCGCCAAUUCUCCUUUGCUCAGCUGUCUCGUGCUACUACGAAUAGCCAGGACACAGAGAAGCCUGCGCACGAAUGGCAGUUCAUUACCCAAAGACAGUUUCCUGCCCUGGCGAGAGUCAGGACUGAGGUUUGGGUUCCCGAUCAGGCAGUGCAGACAUAUACACCUCAUGGCGAGGAUGUUGAGAGUGGAGGGGUGAUUAUACUUAGCUUCCCAUAUCAAGAGCCGGGCUGGAGAGGGACGGUUGCGAGGUGGGGCGCUGCAAUCAAGGGCACAGUUCCUGAGAAGCAUUUCAGAGUACCAUUCGACCCGUCUCCAGCGCAGAUUGAGAAGGCAGGGUACACUUUCGAGAAUAUAAAGAUAUGGAAAGAUACCGUGCGCGCGCUGAACAUGGAAGUUGAUAUCCCUGAGGAACUCCGAUCCUACCUUGGCAUAAGCCAUAAGCUUGGUCUCUUCAGGGUCGACAACACCAGGCUACGGGAGGUGCACCGAAACGCGCCGAAGAAGGAGGACCUAGGUUAUCAACCCGUCACUGGCUUUCAAGAUGCAUAUCCCCUCCACCUCCUCAACCUGGCUAGCGUCCGCGACGUCGAGCGCAAGAUGCCCAAGGUCAAAGGCGUGCCGCGCCUCUCCGCCAUGCGCUUCCGCGCCAACCUAAUCAUCACGGGCCCGGAGGCCUACGCCGAGGAGACCUGGCGCCGCAUCAAGAUCGGCUACUACGAAUAUGACGUCUCCUGCCGAACGGCACGGUGCAAGCUCCCCAAUAUCGACCAGAUGACCGGCGAGCGCCACCCCUCGGAGCCAGACAAGACGCUGCGCAGCUUCCGAGCCGUGGACCGGGGCGCGGGGCCGAACAUAGGCUGCUUGGGGAUGCAGCUGGUACCUGUGGCGAAGGAGAGCGCGUUGCGCGUCGGCGAUGAGAUUACGGUGCUGGAGCUCGGCGAGCAUGAAUACAUCAAGCAGUGAUUUAUUUCCCGGCGAAUCAGCAAGCGUUUCAUUCAUGUGUUAUUUCUACUGCGGGGGGGCUCAUUGGGGCAAAGCGAAAGCAUAUAAAAAAAGAGCAUGUGAUGUGAUGCGAUGGGAUGGAGUUUAGGGACUUUCGCUCGCGCUGCAUGAAAAUGGAAAACAAAACUCCCCGGGCAAUGGCGAUGGCGAUGCUGAUGUGCGUGCGAGAUUGCCCAGUCCAGUCAUUAAGUAAGGUAGAUACCAAGCGUGUGUUCAGUCAGGCUUGGAUUGCAUAUCAUUGUUGAGCGAAGAUACCCCCACACGCUCUCAGACGGAUUGAUUGCCUGCCGUCCUCGUGUAAUGUGCGUGCGUGUACUUGCAAACAAAUAGAUCUUCUCUUUUUUUCUAUUUCUCCUUGCAU